AUGUGUGACAAUACCACUUUGGAGAAAUGUUACAGUUACAACUGGAAAGGUCAGUUGAUGGGAGAGAUACCGCCCUUGACAGGAAAGGAGACUCACGGCACUGUCGAGUCUCGGCUCGCAGCCAGUAGCCUCUAUGCCGAAUGGAUCGUCACCUGGAUUAAGAUACAGUGUCGUAUGCUCGAGUGGGCACGAGACGCGGAACCUUCACAGCUCAUGCGUGUCAUUGGCAAGCUCUCCCGGGACGACGUAUCUCGCGAGUGCACAUACGAUGUCUUGGACUUCCUGAGGGAUCUCGGUGUGUAUACAGAGCUUAAGCACUGUCAGGAGCGUCUGCUCAGAGCUGAGGAAGCAUGGUUCGAGUGCACGAUGCUGCAAGUACGUGGCUCAUCAUCUUACUCGGGAGCAUCAUCUCAUCCAAAGUCUUGGUCUGCAGGCUCCGAUAAGCAGGAUUCGGGAGACACUUGGGGAACUCCUGAUCAAGACUGGGGAGGUGAGUGGCAAGUUGCCUUGGAUCCAGAUUUAUCCAGCCUUUGGUGAGGAAUUGGACGACAAGUGUCGUUCAAUAGAAGUUAACUGGCUCUCCUAUUAGAUGG